CACCGUCUCAGUUGUCGGUGAGGCCGGCGGGGCGGAUCCCACACUCGAGAAAGAGAGAAACACAAAAUAAAGCAACACAACAACAACAACAGCAACAACAACAACAACUUGGCCGUUUCGUACAUUUCGUUAGCAAGCUCCCCUGUGGAUAUAUAACAUCAAGAUGCCCUCAGCGAUGAAUGCAAACAGGACAGUGCAGUCUGCCAGCCCAGAUGUGGGAUCCGCUCCAGGGUCAAUGGGCAAUUUUGCACUCGGUGGACAGUCCGAAGUCUUGAAGCAAGUGCUGUGUGUCAUUGACAAGAAGGCCCGCAACAUGGAGAAGAAAAAGAGUAAACUGGAUGAUUAUCAAGUCAGGAAGGACAAAGGGGAGCGCCUCAAUCAGGACCAGCUGGAGGCCCUCUUCAAAUACCAGGAAAUCAUAAAUAACUUGGAAUUUGCCCGGGAGUUGCAGAAGACAUUUAUUGGACUUGGACAAGAUAUCCAGAAGGUGGUGAAGAAGUCUGCACGGAGGGAGCAGCUGCAGCGGGAGGAGGCAGAGCAGAGGAGGCUGAAGACAGUUCUGGAGCUGCAGUUCCUCUUGGACCGGCUGGGAGAUGACACCGUGCGGCAGGACCUGAAGCAGGGACUCGGAGGCUCACCGCUGCUCACAGAUGCAGACCUCACAGCUUUCGAUGAGUUCUACAAGUUGGUUGGACCAGACCGUGACCAAAAUGUCAGGUUGGUUGACCAGUAUGAAGAAGCAUCUGUACACCUCUGGGAUCUACUGGAAGGGAAGGACAAGGCUGUGGUUGGAACAACAUACAAGGCACUGAAAGAGACUUUGGACCAGGUUUUGCUGAGCGGGUACUUCGACCGGGUACCGUCUCACCAAAAUGGAGUGUGUGAGGAGGAAGAGGAGGAAGAGCCAGCCGCAGCAGCAGCAGCAGCGGCGGCGGCGGCAGCGGCAGCAGCAGCAGCAUCAGCAGCCGCCGCUGCAGCAGCAGCAGCAUCAGUAGCUGAAUCGUCAGAAGCAGAAGAGCAGACUGUUGAUCCAGAAACUGAAAUUAUUGAGGAGUUCACAGAGCCCAUUGCGGUGGAAACAACAGAGUUUGUAAACAGACAGUUCAUUCCAGACGGCACAUACAGCAGCAGUGAAAAGGAGCAGGGGGAUGAGUGGACCACGGAAACAGAGGCAGUUAAUGCCAUGCAGCAGCAGCCUGUGCAGCCUACCCCUCCCCCUGUUGCCCUGGAGACCCACCCCUUGAACUUAGCGUCUCCUGUACCGCCUACUGACCCCAUGGUCAGAAAGCAGGUUGUGCAGGACUUAAUGGCACAGAUGCAGGGAACGUACAACUUCAUGCAGGACUCCAUGCUGGAGUUUGACGGACAGCCUAUUGACCCAGCCAUCGUAUCAGCCCAGCCCAUGAAACCUGCGCAGAACAUGGACUUACCACAGAUGGUGUGUCCUCCAGUUCAUCCAGAGUCCCGGCUAUCGCAACCCAACACUGUUCCUGUCCAACCUGAGCCCACACAAGUCCCUAUCGUCUCCCCAACACCGCCUCCCAUGUAUCAGACCGCACACACGCCAGAUCCUAGACCCUCAACGGAAUCCAUCGACCCCAUCCAGACCUCCAUGUCCUUGUCGUCAGAGCAGCCUCCCCCCUCUACAGCUCUCCCCCCCGCCUCUCAGACGCAGGUUUUCCAGCCGGUUUCCAAAGCUCCUCACAGCAGUGGCAUCAAUGUCAAUGCAGCACCAUUCCAGUCAAUGCAGACAGUGUUCAACCUCAAUGCCCCAGUCCCGCCAGCUAAUGAGACAGAGGCUUUGAACCAGGCCAGCCAGUACCAGAACAGCUACAACCAGGCUUUCAGCAGCCAGUCCCAGCAUCCUGUGGAGCAGACAGAGAUGCAGUCAGAACAACUGCAGUCUGUAGUUGGUGCUUUCCAUUCCCAAGACCAGUCAGGAGGUCAUCCGCAGCCUACCCAGCAGGGCCCAGGUUUCGCCAGGCAGACUCAGUCCUUCUACAACAGCAGAGGCAUGUCUCGUGGUGGACCCCGCAAUGCCAGGGGCAUGAUCAAUGGCUACAGAGGCUCGUCAAACGGUUUCAGAGGUGGCUAUGAUGGUUAUCGUCCUCCUUUCGCCAACACUCCAAACUCUGGUUAUGGACAGACUCAGUUCAACACACCUCGGGAUUACUCCAAUGGGAAUUAUCAGAGGGACGGUUACCAACAGAACUACAAGCGUGGAGCUGGCCAGGGACCCAGAGGGGUGUCAAGAGGCAGCACUCAGGCAAUGCGAUCCUGAAAGGCCUUUCAUUUUGAGACUGUGACUGAGAUGUGACUGAUAAACUUGCACCACACUGAAAAUUCAAAAUCCAAGAAUGCAUUUGCCCCAGCUCACUCAUGUUCUUUUUGUUCUUCAUCAGUGGUAUUUUUCCUGUCUCCUCAAUCAAAGUAAUGCCUGCUUUGAUAUUUGGAAAUAUUAAAUCAUUAAGUCUAAACACAGGCUAAGAUGUAAAUCUAAUCAUCGAUUUACACAUGCAAUGUGUUACAAUAUUCCUGUAAACUUGAAAGAUUUCAUAAGUUAUUUUUUUUUUGUAUUAAAAAAAUGCACCUGCCACUGCUGGUCCAAUCCUUGGGAGUUUAUUCCCUUUCUCAGUUCUUCUGUCAUUUUGGUUCUAAAAGAAAAAAAAGCGUUUUUAUGUUCAAUGAGCUCCCCUUCUUUGUUUGUAAAUUGAUGUUGCUUCAAGAGUUUCAAUAAAGUUGUGUUGCAUA